CUGGCCCUGCUGCUCUGAGAUCCCGGAAGCUGCCGGCUCCUCCCCUCACUGAGGCGCUCCCGCUCCCGCAGAGCGGCAACCCCCGCCCAGAGCGGCCGGGCCCGGCUGCUGUGUCACGUGCUCGGGGAUCCCCCAGGCGCGCUGCCCCCGCCCCGCCGCUGCCGGAGGAGGAAGAGCGGGCGGCCCUGCAGCUGCGGCAUGUCGCCGGCCGGCUACAAGUUCCCCGAGCGGCCGGUGAAUACCAAGAAGAGCUUGAAAGAUGAAAUUGACUCUGUUUUGCGGGAGCGGAUUAUGGUUUUGGAUGGAGGCAUGGGGACCAUGAUCCAACAGCAUGCGCUAUCAGAAGAGGACUUCCGAGGACAAGAAUUUAAGGAUCAUCCAAAAUAUCUGAAAGGCAACAAUGACCUUUUAAGUAUAACUCAGCCUGAUAUAAUCUACAAAAUUCACAAGGAAUACUUGCUCUCUGGGGCUGAUAUCAUUGAAACAAACACUUUCAGCAGCACCAGAGUUGCACAAGCUGACUAUGACCUUGAGCAUCUGGUUUAUCAGUUAAACAAAGUCUCAGCACAGGUGGCCAGAAAAGCAGCUGAUGAUGUGACUGCUCAGACAGAGAGCAGACGAUUUGUUGCUGGUGCUAUGGGUCCUACAAACAAGACGCUCUCUGUGUCUCCCUCGGUGGAAAGAUCAGACUAUAGGAACAUCACUUUUGAUGAGCUGGUUGAAGCAUACCAAGAACAAGCCAGAGGACUCUUAGAUGGAGGGGUUGAUAUCUUGUUAGUAGAAACCAUAUUUGAUACAGCCAAUGCCAAGGCAGCUCUCUUUGCUCUCAAGAAACUGUUUGAGGAAGAGUAUGAACCCAGACCAAUAUUUGUUUCUGGAACCAUUGUAGAUAAGAGUGGACGCACUCUCUCUGGCCAGACAGGAGAGGCAUUUGUCAUUAGUGUAUCCCACAGUGACCCACUUUGUGUUGGCUUAAACUGUGCAUUAGGGGCAGUGGAAAUGAGGCCCUUCAUUGAAACAAUUGGGAUAUGUACGACUGCCUACAUCAUCUGUUAUCCCAAUGCAGGUCUCCCCAAUGCCUUUGGAGGUUACGACGAAACCCCUGAAGUGACUGCCAAGCAUCUAAAGAGUUUUGCUUUGGAUGGUUUGGUCAACAUAGUUGGAGGUUGCUGUGGUACUACUCCAGCACACAUCAGGGAGAUUGCUGAAGCAGUAAAAACAUGUAAACCUCGUAUUCCCCCCUCCUUCGUUGCAGAAGGGUAUAUGCUGCUGUCAGGUCUUGAGCCCUUCAGGAUUGGCCCAUACACCAACUUCGUUAACAUUGGUGAACGUUGCAAUGUGGCAGGAUCAAAGAAGUUUGCUAAGCUCAUCAUGGCAGGCAACUAUGAAGAAGCUCUGAGUGUAGCCAAGGCCCAAGUUGAGAUGGGAGCCCAGAUUUUGGAUAUCAAUAUGGAUGAUGGAAUGCUGGAUGGGCCAAGUGCUAUGGCCAGAUUUUGUAACUUCAUUGCUUCGGAACCUGACAUUGCUAAGGUGCCGUUAUGCAUCGAUUCUUCAAAUUUCUCUGUGAUUGAAGCUGGCUUGAAGUGUUGCCAAGGGAAAUGCAUCGUGAACAGCAUCAGCCUGAAGGAAGGUGAAGAUGAUUUCCUGGAAAAAGCAAGAAGGAUUAAGUUGUACGGAGCAGCUGUGGUGGUCAUGGCUUUUGAUGAAGUGGGUCAAGCCACAGAAACGGAAACUAAAAUUGCAGUGUGCACCAGAGCUUACCACCUCCUUGUGAAGAAAGUGGGCUUCAAUCCAAACGAUAUAAUUUUUGACCCCAAUAUUCUGACCAUAGGGACUGGAAUGGAAGAACAUAACCUGUAUGCAAUUAACUUCAUCAGUGCAGCGAAAACCAUAAAAGAAACACUGCCAGGAGCUAAAAUAAGUGGAGGCCUUUCCAAUCUGUCCUUCUCCUUCCGGGGGAUGGAAGCCAUUCGAGAAGCAAUGCACGGAGUUUUCCUGUAUCAUGCAAUUAAGUAUGGCAUGGACAUGGGGAUAGUGAAUGCAGGGAAUCUUCCAGUGUAUGAUGAUAUUCACAAGGAACUUCUACGGCUGUGUGAGAAUCUGAUCUGGAAUAAAGACCCAGAUGCUACAGAGAAGCUUUUACAUUACGCCCAGACUCAUGCCCAAGGAGGAAAGAAAAUGGUACAGACUGAUGAAUGGCGGAAUAGCACCGUGGAGGAAAGGCUGGAAUACUCACUUGUCAAGGGCAUUGAAAAAUUCGUCAUUGAGGACACAGAAGAGGCACGAUUAAACUAUGAAAAAUAUCCCAGAUCUCUGAACAUAAUUGAAGGGCCCCUAAUGAAUGGCAUGAAAGUUGUUGGUGAUCUUUUUGGUGCUGGAAAGAUGUUUCUGCCUCAGGUGAUAAAGUCUGCUCGAGUUAUGAAGAAGGCAGUUGGCCACCUCAUUCCCUACAUGGAAAAGGAAAGAGAGGAAGAGAGAGCUAAAUCUGGCAGCAUUGAAGAAAAGGACCCUUACCAUGGCACAAUAGUGCUAGCUACUGUAAAAGGAGACGUACAUGAUAUUGGCAAGAAUAUCGUGGGAGUGGUACUAGGCUGCAACAAUUUCAGAGUUAUCGAUUUAGGAGUCAUGACUCCGUGUGAUAAGAUAUUGAGAGCUGCUAUUGAAAACAAAGCAGAUAUAAUUGGCCUGUCUGGUCUUAUCACACCUUCUUUGGAUGAAAUGAUUUUUGUUGCCAAGGAAAUGGAGAGAUUAGAGAUCAAGAUUCCUUUGUUGAUUGGAGGAGCAACUACAUCUAAAACACAUACAGCUGUGAAAAUUGCCCCACGGUACAGCGCACCGGUCAUUCAUGUCCUUGAUGCAUCCAAGAGUGUGGUGGUUUGUUCUCAGCUGCUAGAUGAAAACCUGAAAGAUGAUUUCUUUGAAGAAAUAAUAGAGGAGUAUGAAGACAUUAGACAGGACCACUAUGAGUCUCUCAAGGAAAGAAGAUAUUUGUCAUUAGAGCAAGCUAGGAGAAAAGGUUUUCAUAAUGACUGGCUGUCAGACUAUAAACCUGUUAAACCUAAAUUCUUUGGCACUCAAGUCUUUGAAGAUUAUAACCUAGAGAGGCUGGUGGAAUACAUUGACUGGAAGCCUUUUUUUGAUGUCUGGCAACUUCGGGGCAAAUAUCCCAACCGAGGAUUUCCUAAAAUUUUUAAUGAUAAAGCAGUGGGAGAAGAAGCUAAAAGAGUUUAUAAUGAUGCUCAAACCCUACUAAAAACUUUGAUUAGCCAAAAGAAAUUGCAAGCCAGAGGCCUGGUUGGGUUCUGGCCAGCACAGAGUGUUCAAGAUGAUAUUCAUUUAUAUGCAACAGAAGAGGCAUUGCAGUCUGCAGAACCAAUAGCUAAAUUUUACGGUUUAAGGCAACAGGCAGAAAAAGACUCCUCCUGCGCAGACCCAUAUUACUGCCUCUCUGAUUUUGUAGCCCCCGUGGAUUCUGGUGUUUGUGACUAUUUAGGCCUGUUUGCUGUGGCCUGCUUUGGGGUAGAUGAGCUGUGCAAGGAAUAUGAGAAACAGUGUGAUGACUACAGCAGCAUAAUGGUGAAAGCACUGGGAGAUCGUAUAGCAGAGGCAUUUGCAGAGGAGCUCCAUGAAAGGGUCCGAAAAGAACUCUGGGCUUACUGCAACAGUGAACAGUUGGAUAUUUCAGACUUGCGCAGGAUCAGAUAUGAUGGAAUCCGUCCAGCUCCUGGGUACCCGAGCCAGCCUGACCACACUGAAAAAUUCACCAUGUGGAGACUUGCAGACAUUGAGGAGGCAACAGGUAUUCAGUUAACUGAGUCACUAGCAAUGACACCUGCCUCUGCAGUUUCAGGUCUCUACUUCUCCAACCCCAAAUCCAAAUACUUUGCUGUUGGUAAAAUAUGUAAGGAUCAGGUUGAAGAUUAUGCACUGAGGAAAAACUUGCCAGUGGUUGAGGUUGAGAAAUGGCUGGGGCCCAUCCUGGCAUAUGAUUCGGAAUAACUGUUUGUGGGAUGGCAGAGGAAAGCCUCUGCCUUGCUCUUUCCCAUUUCUUCUCCAGAAACAGAGCAGAGCUGGACUUAGAAUCUUGUCAUUUGCAUCGAUUGACAGAACCUCUCAGUGGGCUUUGGAGGCUGUUUACUUUGUAGUAUCACCUGCUGACACACGCAAAAAAACCCCACCACAUGUUUUUCUGAUGCUUUGUUAAUUUUUGGCAAAGUAGUUUGGCAAAGUAGUAGUUGAAACUGUGCAUUUCUGUGCCCAAAUACUAUAAUUGGGCUAGGUGUAGAGUGAGAUGUAGAGAUCACAGGGUUUUCUUUUCCAUUGUGGAGGUUUUGAGAACUGGUUCGCACCUUAAUAAUCUUGGGACAAACAUUUGCACUGAAGCAAAUGACUGGGUAAAAUAAUGCAGAAUUUUGUUUCUGGUCUUUAAAUGGCGUGUGUAUCAGCAAGUCAAAAGACACGGAAAUUGAAUAAAAGAAUUCCUCAUAAGUAAUUGGGAGGUUAUUUAGUGGGUAAGGAACAAUUUGGGAUCUAUUCUCCCCCCUCAUUAUACCGAUGCCUCUUCUGUAUUCAGGAGAACACCAGACCCCAUGCUCAUAUAGCAAUCUUGCUAUAUCAGAAAGAAGGUUAUAUCACUAAGGCUAUUUUGAUUAUUUUUGUUGUUGUAACUACCAAAGAAAUGUGGUGGUCCGAAACAAUCCCAGUAAUGCUGUAUUAUCCUAAAGAAUUAAAUAGUGUGACUGAGCACAGAACUGAAAGCCUGGAAUACUCCAAGCUCUGACAGGUCUUCUCUGGCUUUGGGCAAACCAUGCUAUCUCUCUGACUCUCACUGUCCGUAGUGGUAAAAUGGGGAUAAUACUUCCUACCUCACUGUAUGUAUUGUGAAAUUUACUUGUUGCUUAUAUACCACUUUGCAGAUGAAAAGAGCUACUGACUUUCAUAUGUUACUUGCAGGUAAGUCUUUGGGUGCCUGAAUAUUCAAGCUGUGGUUGCAAUACCUUUGCUUACUGAUAAUGGAGAAAAGGCCUUUGAAAAUAUCUGCUAUGUUUUUUCACCCAAUUACUACUUUUUAAGCAAAAACAUCAUGUUGUAAAAACUGUUACACGACAAAAUUUUUGCAUCAAAUUACUGGGCUUAGUCAUCUGAUCUGAAUGUAAGCAGUAGAUAAUCCUACAAGUUUAGUCUCUAAAUAAAUAUUUAAUUUUGAAUAAA